UGGCCGCUGUGGGUAUCUGCAGUGCGCGUUGUCUUGUGUUGUGAAUGUGUUGUAAAUAACUUUCAACUGAAAGCUUGCUGCUUGGCCUAUUACUCCUAACCGUGAAAAUGUUUACCCAGAACACUUAAAGUCAACGUGUAUGCGUUGCAAUUUCGUGUUAAAUAUAAAUGAAGAAGAGCUGCAUUUCAAUAGAAUAGACGUCGUUCUGUCUUGACGAUAUAGUCGUGUUGCUCAUAGAGCGGGAACCAUUGAAUAUUGCACAAUGGCAGAUUUCGAUGCAAUUUAUGAAGAAGAAGAAGAAAAUGAACAAAAUUUGGAGGAACAGUACGUGAAAAUGGUACCAGAUCCUAUAGUUAUUCGCGGAGCUGGCAAUAUGACUGUAUUUGGACUUAGUAAUCGUUUUGAUUUAGAAUUUCCAAAUGGCUUGGUGUCUCGUAUUGCUCCAGAAGAAUUUAAAGCAACUAUUAUGAGAAUAAACAGUGUACUGAAAAAAACAUUACCAGUUAAUGUUAAGUGGUUAUUUUGUGGUUGCGUUUGUUGUUGUUGUACAUUAGGAUGUUCUCUUUGGCCUGUUAUUUGUUUGAGUAAAAGGACACGACAUUCUUUAAAUAAAUUAUUAGAGUGGGAGAAUAGUAGGUUAUAUCACACACUUGGAUUACAUUGGAGAUUAGCAAAACAAAGAUGUGACACUUCAUCCAUGAUGGAAUAUGUUCUUUUAAUUGAAUUUAUUCCAAAGAUACCCAUAUAUAAACCUGACUAAAGAAAAGAUCUGGAUACUCGUAUGACUUAUGCACAUAAUAAAUUAGUGCAACUUUAAGAUGUAAAAAGCCAACGGCUUCUGGCUUAAUUGUAAAAUAAGAGAAAUUAAGUGUCAUUACAGGAGGCACUUGUGGGAUGCUUAUUUUUGUAAAUAUUAUAUGUAGGAUUGCACAGUACAAUAAUGAGAUACGAAUGCGGAUCAGUUAUGUUAUCUUAGUCUUAUUCCCUAACAUCUAUCUUAACAGGUACAAAAUCACAACAAUUUAUGUACUCAUCUUUUAUAAAAAGAGAUCGAUCUGCUUAUGAUUUUCAGUUAUUUAAUGAAAAAGAAUAUUAGCAAAUAUUUAUCAGUUUGCACAGAAAAAAUUACAAAUGGGAUUAUAAACGUAUUUUAAAAGCACUGCUUGAUAUCUAGUUUACUAGUCAUUAAAACGUAACUAUUUUGAACAA